AUGGAUUUUGCCUGCCGCCUGCCGGCCAAGGCGGGAUGCCGUCGCCGGGGAGCCGCCAGCACGCUGCAGAGAAGGCUCCUGCUGCGUGGCGCGCCUCCGCGCGUGUCAGGACCGGAUGGCUGCAGGCAGCACCCGCGCUUCUCGCUGCCGGCGCUGCCGUUGCGAUUCGCUGGCGCGGCAGAUCUCACAGCAGGAGCCCGCGCUGCAGAAGAUGCGCAGCCAGGUGGGCUGAUACUCCGCAGCCCGAUUUCGACGAGUUUGUUGACCGUCUUCUUGGACGAUGGAGUGGCUGGCAAUCACCUUGGCAAGAUGUAA